AUGGCGCAUCUGGACCUUAAUAAACAGCCGAUGGUUGGGGUGGAGGACCUCGUGCUCCUCCCGCAGCUCUCAGACAAAGCCAUCAUGGAGAACCUCAAGUUACGUCACAGUAAAGAUUUGAUAUACACGAGUAUCGGUUCUGUUUUGCUGAGUGUGAACCCAUUCAAGAACAUUCCUAAUCUUUACAGCGAUGAGUGUGUAGCAUACUUCCGAAACGGCGGAAAAGGCGAGGGCAGCGGCAGCUACGGUGGGCCACACAUCUUCGGUCUCGCAGAGGAGACAUACCGCACCAUGGUGUCUGAUGGAGAGAAUCAAUGUGUUAUCAUUUCGGGUGAGUCGGGUGCGGGGAAGACGGAGGCCUCUAAACACAUCAUGCGGUACAUUUCCGCCGUUUCGGGGGAUACAGAGGAGAUGCAGAGGGUGAAGCACAUCAUUUUAGCCUCUAAUCCUGUACUAGAGGCGUUUGGAAAUGCGAAGACAGUGAGAAACGACAACAGCUCUCGUUUCGGGAAGUUCUUUGAAAUUUUUUUCGAUCAGAUGGGUGGUCCUAUUGGCGGCCGCUUGUCAAACUUCCUUCUAGAGAAGUCACGUGUUGUUAGUCAACAGAAGGGAGAGCGCAACUUCCAUGUGUUUUAUCAAAUGUGCUGCGGGGCCAAACCGGAGCUCCGCGAGAAGCUUAGGCUGCGGGACCCGGGUAACUUUGCGUACCUCAACCAAGGUGGAGUGCAUGACCGCAGUGGCAUUGAUGAUGUGAGGGGCUGGGAGGAGAUGCUCACCUCGAUGGAAACUUUGAUGCUUACGCCUGAAAAGCAGCAGGCCAUUUUUGAAACUCUUUCUCUCAUCCUGCAUUUAGGCGAGCUGCAGUUUGGGCCCCCCUCUUCAGCGUCUGCCGCGGGAGGUGACUCAAACACCCUCGUUGUAUCGAACCGUGACGAGUUGGAAUUCUGCGCUGGAUUACUCGGAGCAGACGCGGCAGCAAUGGAGAAGGCGUUCACUAAGCGACGACUUGCCAUGGGCGCCAAUGAGGUGGUGGACGUUCCAUUGGAUGCGCAGCAAUGCCGCAACACGAGGGACGCAAUGGCGAAGACACUCUACCAUUAUCUCUUCGAUUUUGUAGUGGAUUCUGUGAACACUGCGCUAGGGAAGAAGCAGUAUGAUUUGAUGUUGGGUGUUCUCGACAUUUAUGGAUUUGAGGUAUUCAACAAGAAUGGGUUUGAACAGUUUUGUAUCAACUACGUCAAUGAAAAGUUACAGCAGAUAUUCAUCGAGCUAACUCUGAAGGUCGAACAAGAAGAGUACGUGCGAGAGAAGAUACCUUGGGAGGAAAUCAAGUAUUUUAACAACAAAGUUGUCUGUGAUCUUAUUGAAGGGAUGCAACCACCGGGACUCUUCCCAAUCUUCGACGAUGUGUGCGCCACGAUGGCGAAGGAGAAGGAGUCUGUUGCUGAUAUUAAGAUGCUUGACAAGCUAGACGCCGUGCACGCGGGAAACCGUCAUUUCAACAGGACGGAGCGAGGUUUCUUUGUCAAACACUAUGCAGGUGAUGUGCACUAUGACGCUGACGGUUUUACGAACCGGAAUAAAGACACACUCAGUCCCGAUCUCAUUGGACUCCUCCGCUCCGUGACAAACCGUUUUAUACUAGAUAUUCUUGCAGAGACACUCAAUGAGGCGGCGGAGGCGGAAAGUGCUGCCGUUUCGGGUGCCGGGGGGAGGAAGAAACGGUCAACAACUGCGGGGUCAAAGAUACGUCAGCAGGCCGGUCACCUUGUCAAGACGCUCAUGGCGUGUAAUCCUCAUUAUCUGCGUACUAUCAAAUCCAAUGACGAGAAGAGGGCUGAUUUCAUUGACGAGGCGAGGGUGCAACAUCAGGUGAAGUACUUGGGGCUUCUGGAAAAUCUACGCGUGAGGCGGGCCGGUUACAGCUACCGAAAACACUUUGAUAAGUUUAUCAAGCGCUUUAAGUACCUCAGUUCAGCGACGUUUCCCCGCCCGUUCAAAGGCUCUGAUCGCGACGCAUGUGCCGCCAUUCUUAAACAGGUUGGUGGCCGUCUGCCGGAUGGGUCUUGGCAGCUUGGACAGCAAAAGUUGUUCAUCCGACAACCACAACAUUUGUCCAUCCUCGAGGAACUUCGCGACGCCGCACUCAGUGAUAUAGUGUACAAGAUCCAACGUGCGUGGCGGCGGUACCUGCAGAACAAGCACGGCAUUUUAUUGAAGGCAGGUAUGGGGAGAAUGUAUACCAAGGCGUCAAAAGUGCGGCGGGCAGACAGUGUUUUUCGUCCUUACCUUGGUGAAUAUUUAGACUAUCGUACUCAGCUGGCGCCUAUGCAUCCCAUUGUCGAUUACGACCCCGUGGGGGGUGCGUGGAAAGAGUAUUGGAGCGAUGGUGGAAAGAAGUAUUAUUACAAUUACAUUCUCGAGCAGAGCCAAUGGGAAUGCCCGCGGGAGAUGCAACAGCGGAGGAUUCUUUUCACUGCCACUGUUGAGCGUGUGUACGACCACCAACAGGCAUUGAUUGAAACGGAUAUUCUUAUUGUAACAGAUAUGGCUCUGUACCUGUUCACCGAGCGGAUCAAGUCGUUACCUCCGCCAGCCGAGAAGGGGCCGAAAAAGAAGGUCACGGGUUCUGCCCCCAUUCCGGCUAGCUCGACUGUGCAGUUUGUCUUGCAGAAGCGUAUCGAUCUUCGUUUACUCUCAGGGCUCUCUGUAACAAAGCAUGCUGACACCGUCCUUGUAAUUCACACUUAUCAACCAUCUGUCCCUUACAGAACUGUUAUAUGCACUCCGAUCAAAUCAACACGUUCCUGUGAAUGCUGUGGAUGCAAGCUAACGCCUGCGACGAAGAAACAGAACUGCCCCGGGUGCGGUCGUCUGUGUUGUUUAAAGAACUGCUUGCCGUUUUCUCGGCCGUUGCCCAUGCUACUUGCAGGUGGCAAAGAUGUGAGGGUUUGUCCGAACUGCGUGAGUGGGGAACCUUACGAGCCUGUCGAGGACAUAGUGCUACUGAGCCCAAUGAAAACAGAGAUGGUGGCAGUUUUACGUAAGGCUUACCAUCAGCUAAUGGGCAACAAGUUACACAUGAAUAUUAACGACUCACUGGGGUAUAACCUCUUCGGAGAGGAACAACAGCGGCAACUGACAGCAAUACCCUAUUCCUCCAGCUCGGACACAACCAUAACUCCUGGAGGCCCUAACACUCUGGUGGUGAGCGCACCCGCGGGAAUUACAAAAGAAACAAUAGACGCCAUCGAGGCAGCACGAGAGCAGCGGCGGCAGGCCGUAGCCGAGCAGCGACGAAAGGAGGAGGAGGAGGAGCGUGCCCGCGAGGCCGAAAGGGAGAGGGAGCGAGAAGAGGAACACAAAAGAAUUGUGGAAGAGCGCCGUAGGGCGCGUGCGGCUGCUGCGGAGGCCGCUGAAGCGGAACGGUUGCAUCAAGAGAACGCUGCAAGGGAACGCCGGGAGGCGGAGGCACGGGUCGUGGAGCAACGGUCAAAGCGGUAA